GCAAUACACAUUGAGCCCGCCGGGCCGCCGACAUAUGUCGGCAACUUUUUGUCGGUGGUCUAGUUGGCGGCUUCACUUAUUACAAGUCGGAAAAUUUGGUCGGCGGCAUGUCGGCGGCUUGAGAUGAGAAAUUUAUUUGGCAGUCAGUGAUUGCCGUGUGUCGAUAAAAGGUUGUGUGGUUGUGUCAUAUAAUUUUGGUGGUGUAUCUUCGAUAAUUCAGUAAAUAGAAAUAAUCUUAAAAAUGGACGAUGGCAGUGAUCUGUUGAUAGCAGCUUGUGGAAUGUUUAUUGCUGGAUCGCUCCAAAGGGAACGAAGCUGUUGGGUUAGACCUAGUUUACUGAGUCGCAAUUGUUAUAGCAAUCAUGACAGAUUAAAAGAUUUGAAAGCAGAUGACUUGAUUGUACAAAAUCCCAUACAUUUCAAAACAUUCAUGAAAUUAACCAAUAGCGACUUUGAAUAUUUAUUGAAUAUUGUUGGGCCGAGAAUAGUUAAAAAAGAUACAAAUUGCAGAAUUGCAAUUUCUCCACAAGACAGAUUAGCAAUAACAUUAAAAUACCUGACUACGGGCGAAUCAUUCAUUAGCCUAUGUGACGUGUUCAAAGUAUCUCCUCAAAUUAUUUCAUACAUUAUCCCAGAAGUAUGCCAAGCUAUAAUCGAUGGCCUUUCGGAGUAUGUAAAGGUUCCGAGAACUUCAAACGAAUGGAAAAAAGUUGCAGAUAGAUAUCUGAAUAGAUGGAAUGUUCCUAAUUGCCUUGGAUCAAUGGACGGAAAACACGUAAAAAUUCAAUGUCCACCAAGAAGUGGAAGUGAAUAUUUUAACUAUAAAACUUAUUUCAGUAUUGUACUAUUUGCAUUAGUGGAUGCAGAUUACAAGUUUUUAUACGCUAAUGUGGGAUGUCAGGGUCGUAUUUCAGAUGGCGGUGUUUUUAAUAACUCUGCGUUAUGCAGAAUGUUAAAUAACAAUUCUUUAAAUUUGCCGGACAACAAACCUCUACCUGGGAGAAAUGUACCAGUGCCAUAUUUUUUUUUGGGUGAUGAUGCUUUUGCAUUACAAACCCACAUUAUAAAACCUUACAAUGGUAAUCACACAAAAAGAUCUCCCAAAAGAGUUUUCAACUAUCGUAUAUGUCGAGGACGAAGAGUAGUUGAAAAUGUGUUUGGGCAGUUAACCAGCAAAUUUCAAAUAUUCAAAAGACCUAUCCAGCUAUGUCCACAAAAAACUGCUAUUGUGACAUUGGCCUGUGUACAUUUGUUCAAUUAUAUAAAAAAAAAUAUACAGCGAAACGAAUAUGAUUCUGAAAAUGAUAACGGAGAAAUCAUACCAGGUGAAUGGCGCACAGUAAUUCCUGAAAAUAAUUGUUUUGUUGCCUUGCCAAGAGAGGUCAAUACAAAUCUGUGUCCUGAAGAUAGAAGGAACGAGUUGGUUGAAUAUUUUCUCUCCGAUGUCGGAAGCUUAGAAUGGCAGUAUGAUCAAUGA